AGCUGACUGCUGCAAGGAGCGGCGCGCCCGCUCCGGCCCCGAGCCCGCCGAGCCCCGGCCACGCCGCAGCCAUGGCAGGGGUCGUGGUGAGUGGAGCCCAAGUGUCCUACAUUAGUCAAGACUGUGAAGAAAUUCCAGAAUUCCUAGGACGAAAAUAUGGACAUAUGGCAAAACGGCUAGAUCUUAGCUUCAACUUGUUAAGGUCACUAGAAGGACUGAAAACAUUCAGUUACUUGGAAGAGCUGAUCCUGGACAACAAUCUACUUGGAAAUGACCUCCUGUUACCCAGGUUACCCCACCUCCAUACCUUAACGCUCAACAAGAACCAAAUAACAGAAUUAGAAAGCCUUUUGGACCAUUUGGCUGAAGUUGUGCCCUCACUACAGUAUCUCAGUUUGCUUGGAAACAUUGCUUGCCCAAAUGAACUGGUCUGCAAAGAAAAGGAUGAGGAUGACUACCAGAGGUACAGAUAUUUUGUCCUGCAUAAAUUGACGAACCUGAAAUUUCUUGAUACUCGGAAAGUAACCAGGAGGGAGAGAGAGGAAGCCUUGGUAAGAGGUGCCUUCAUGAAAGUGGUUAAGCCCAAGGAUGCCAAGGCCUCCUGUGAUGCUGCUUCUGCCUCUCCAGAGAUGCACUAUACACCUCUGCCUUCUGGAUCCAGAGACCUCACCAAUCACAGAGGCAUUCUGGGGAAAUGUCGCUACAUUUACUAUGGAAAACAUUCCGAGGGCAACAGAUUCAUCCGAGAUGACCAGCUAUAAAACACAGUGCUGUUUGGUGCCUCUUCGAUCCCUCCACAUAAGAAGCACAAAUUGCAUCUAAAUUUUAAGCGUGUAACUGAAGUCCUCUAGUGCCUUCUGCUGACUUUGCCAAGCCUGUCAAGAUCAUCCUUCUAUCUUAGUCUGAGUAGUCACAUAGAGAUUGACAUGAUUGCCUUUAAGCAGGUUCCAUCCACCAGUGUGACAGACAGCUGCAGCCGAGCACCCGGCCUGACAGGAGGAGCACUGUGAUGGAUUGCCUGGUCCAAUUGCUGCUCCAGAAGAGCAGGGGUCACACCUGGGGCUGCAGUGAGCAUGCUCCAUCGCUCGGCGCCUCCACAAACGCAGCGCGUUUAUCUCCAGCUUGCCUGCUGAGAGAAAGUGGCUGGUGAUAUCAAAGUGUUUAUAAAAGAGGGAGGCUGUAAUUUCAGAUGAAAAAGCCCUUAUCUGUUCUUAUUUUUUUCCCUGUGAAUUAAGUGCCUGUGUUUCUAUCAUCUCAUACAUGCUUACACAAAUCCUUUCACGG